AUGUCGAGUCAGGGUCUGGCGUACGCGAAGAAUGCGUCGGACGCCGCGAAAAGGGCUGCUGCUGGUCUGUCGGGGUCGCCUCGGGGAGGAGGAAAUGGUAGUCCCAGCUUGAAUCGGUCUGGUUCACAAACCACGCCAGCCAGCUCUCCUGGACCGUCAUUAGGCCACGGAAGUUCAAUUACCGCUAAUCGAGCCGCUGGGUCUCCAGCUAGCCAGCGUCAAAGCUCGCCUUUGAAAUCGAGUCUGAAGAAUGGCUCCAGGGGGGGUACCAACAGUAACAGUAAUAAUGGCAUAAUCAGUAACAAUGGUAAUGGAAAUGGUAGUGGAAAUGGCAAUGGCAAUGGCAGCAAUAGCAGUGGGAAUGGCAGCAGUAAAAGUCAUGGAACCGGUACCAAAGGAUCAGGUGCUGCUGCAAACCGACCGGGGUCGUGGUCUGGAUCCACUGCUGGGUCGUCUCAGUCCCAGCUUCGUAAACGAAAGGCUAAUGCUGGUGGUGGUGGCGGUUCUAGUGGUCCAGGUUCUGGUGUGAAAACUACUGGAUCGGCUUCGAAUUCGAGUCCGUACUCAUCUCGACCCGGAUCUUCUGUUAAUAGCCCGGCCAGAUCCAGGAGAGCCAGUUAUACAGGAGCAUCGGGUCUGCCUCCAUCACCACUGGUCAAUUCCCCGUUAUUCGAAUUUCUUUCGCCUUUUAAAGGCGCUUCUACUCAAUGGGUGGCCAGAUAUAUCAUUAUCUCGUUUGCUAUUAUUAUACGGUCGGCAGUAGCUCUUGGCCCAUAUUCAGGAUUUCAGUCCCCUCCGAUGCACGGAGAUUUCGAGGCUCAGAGACACUGGAUGGAAUUGACUAUCCAUUUGCCAAUAGAUCAAUGGUACUUUUAUGACCUUCAAUGGUGGGGACUGGAUUAUCCACCCUUGACAGCAUAUCAUUCUUGGUUAUUAGGCAAAAUUGGUUCGGCUUUUAAUCCCAGCUGGUUUGCUCUGGGCUCUUCUCGGGGUCUCGACGACUAUGAUUUAAAAUCUUAUAUGAGAGCCACUGUCAUAUUUUCCGAGCUGGCGGUUUAUAUUCCAGCUGUUAUCUGGUUUGUGAGAUGGAGUGGUACUAAGAGCCCUAAUAAACUGAGUCCUAUUGACCAGUCUAUAGCAGCUGCUGCUAUUAUCUUUCAGCCGGCUGUUAUUCUUAUUGAUCAUGGCCAUUUCCAGUAUAAUACGGUCAUGCUCGGUCUGGCUUUGUUGUCUGUAGUCAAUCUUGUCAAUGGUCAUCGUCUCAGCUCAGCUCUGUUCUUUGUAUUGGCACUUGGUUUUAAACAGAUGGCUCUUUACUACGCGCCAAUCAUCUUUGCUUAUAUGCUGGGUGACUGUAUCUUCCCUCGACCCAAUAUCAUUCGUUUACUGGGUAUUGGAGUAGUAGUGAUCUUAACGUUUUCUGCACUGUUUGGACCCUUGUUAUUAUCAGGAGGAGUUCCUGUGAUUCUUCAAAGCAUCCAUCGUAUCUUCCCAUUUUCACGGGGUCUUUGGGAAGAUAAAGUCGCUAAUUUGUGGUGUACUGCCAAUACUUUUGUCAAACUCAAGACUCUCUUUGACGAUAAACAGCUACAAUUAGCGAGUCUUGUCGCGACACUGGUUUCUAUCACACCAGCCAUGAUCAUUGUAUUUUUCAAACCACGACCGGAACUGCUUCCAUGGGCAUUAAGUGCUGGAGCAUGGGGUUUUUUCCUGUUCUCUUUCCAAGUUCACGAAAAAAGCGUCCUUCUGCCAUUAAUGCCAGCCACAGUGCUACUCUCGUACCCGGAUCCGAACAUUGUAUCCAAUGUCGUCUGGAUCAACAACAUCGCGACCUUCUCACUGUGGCCCUUGCUGCACCGAGAAGGGCUCGUUCUGCAGUACGUGGUUAUCGUGUUCCUGUGGAACUGGCUUAUCGGCAACCUCAACCCCUCGCGGUUUUGGAAAAUCCUCCCCAACUCGUGGUUCAUGAGACUCGUACACACCGGCUCCUACACAGCCGCCAUCGCCCUCCACCUGGCCGAAUACCUCUACCCAACGGCCCUCGGUUUCACGGCACGCUACCCGGACCUCUACAUCCUCGGCAACGUGACCCUGUCAUUCGCAUGUUUCUCUCUCUUCUGGCUAUGGACCCUAUAUAAACUAGCUACAAUCUGA